AUGUCGAACGAGAAUAGCCCAGACAUCCAUGUCUACCAGCAUUACUGUCCUCCUGGUGUCAAGCGAGUUCUUGCCUCCGGCGCUAGCGCGUUUAUUGGGGAGGUUGAUGACUCUACAGUCUUCAAAUAUCCGCUUGCUCCAGGUCAGGACAUGGUCCGCCUAGAGAUAGAGGGAAAGCUCCUUAGUAUUAUCGGACCACACGAGCGAAUUAUCGGACUAAAAGGUAUCUCAGAGGAAGGGCUUUACCUUGAACGCGCCACAAAUGGAACCGUUGCCCAACGGAUUGAGUCAGAGGAGACUAUUCCGAUGGAGCAGCGGCUGGCGUGGUGCCGGGAGGCUGCUGAGGCAGUUGCGCAGGUCCACGUUCACAAUAUCGUACACUGCGACAUUCAGCCAACCAAUCUUCUCCUCGACGAUCAUCUGCAUCUUAAGCUCUCCGAUUUCCAGGGAAAGCAACUGUCAAAAUCAGGCAUGGUGCUUCUCGAUGGAUGGAGCAGUGAACCUUGCAGAUUUUACUGUCCCCGAAAUGACCCUGAUGACGCAAACGUUAAGACAGACCUGUUCGCCUUAGGAUGUACGAUUUACUACAUCAUGACCAGUCAUGCCGUCUUCCCGGACAUCAUUGACGGCGAGGAUGAUUGGCAGGAGACAAUAGAACGCCGGUUCAGGAGCAUGCAAUUCCCCCAAGACCAACAUGUGUGCGACGCAAUCACAUUGAAGUGUUGGAAAAUGGAAUAUGAGACUGCAGAAGACAUUGUGCGCGACUUAAAGAGCCUCGAAGGUGCCUAA